AUGGCCGGCAAGCCUGUCACCGGCCGUCCCAAGACGACUAUCGAAAUACCUCUCCCUUCCAUCAAAAAGUACACCCGUGGCUCGGGUCCACCGCCGCCUCCCAUUACUCUCGCGCCGCCUCGAGAUUCGACCGCAUACAUCAUCGACCAGUUUGUCCUGCCUGUGCUUAAGGACACGAAGCCAGACUCUCGACGGCGUAUUUUUUACCAUAUUGGAUUUACCGACAUCCCGGCUGCUAGGCUUCUGGUCCCAUGCAACGAAGUCCUCGACUACGUAUCCCCGCGCGAGUUGGAGGAAUGGGAGUACGAUGCUCUCCAAAUUAAGGAAGCGGAUAAGGCUGCGGAAGCUGAGCAAAGGCGCAAGAACCAGGAGCAAGCUCCCGCUAAGAAGAAGCCUGGUCGCCCUUCAAAGGCCCGCUUGAACGAACCAGCGCUUGACGCACCCGCGGAGCCUGUCAUAUCUUUGCAAGAGGGGGACGUCCUGUUGGCCAAGCAGGAGGCUGUUGCCGGCCCCUCGUUAGCUACUCCACAAAAACGGAAGCGGGCCGAGAUCCCCAGGUUUGAUGAUUCCGACGAAGCGGCGAUCCAGCUCCAACUACAAAACCAGUCAGCAAUUCCCAGCGAGGUAGAGGAUAGCGGCACGGACCUGGAGGGCUACGAUUCCACUGAUCCUCUGUCGGCCGAUCUAAGUCCAAAGAUUACAUCUUAUUCGCGAGGUAAUAGCUCAGGGUCGUCCGCACAACAGCCUGUGGCCGGGCCAUCCAAACCAACAGCAACAAAGCCAAGUGUCUCGAGCAACAUUGCCUCGCGUCCGUCACCGAGUGUCGUUUCCACCCCAGGAAGAAUUCAUCCAAUGUUUGCCCGCAGCAUUGAGACAGGAAGAAUCCCGGUCAGUGGACAUGGCAGCCAGAAAGGGGCAGGCCAGAAUGGGGUAGGUCAUUCGCGUGGCUUUGGAGGAAUAAAUGCGGAGGCCAUUGCGCGAGCUUCUCCGUCUAGAGACAACAGCACACGUCAGUUCAAAGCGGUUCCUAAAGCAGCAGUACUUCCUUUUACUCACCCAACACAAAUUGCGCCGAUUUCUUUCACGCCUCUUGCAGCUCCCAUUGCAGUCUCUAGACCGAUAGUCACUUCUGACUCUCUAUCCAAGCAGAUUGAAUCUUCCAGCGCAAGGAAGCGUCGAAAAGACGAGCAACCGAAACCGAACAGAAAGCGCAAGAAGUCCCACAUUGAAGAGCCCACUGAUUCCUGGGUAGUCAAGGAACUACUCGACGACCAAUGGGUAACCGAACACGGCGUCAAGGUUCACAAGUAUCUGGUUCUCUGGGAAGGCAACUGGCCCUCUGACCAGAACCCGACAUGGGAACCUGAAGACAACAUUGAUGACCAGGGCCUCAUCAAGACAUACCUGAAAAAGAAGGAAAGCGGGAUGCUAAAAGCCCCCAAGAAAACACAGCGGUCCAUGCUGUCGUAUCUCUCGCAGCCACAGUACUCGAGCGUUGCUGAAGCAUUCGAAGGCGAUAUCGACGAACUACAACCAGAAGCUGCAGCUGUGACACCGGAAAGUGACUCGGAUGACGGUGAUGAGCUUUUGGUGACGGAAGAGCCUGUCGCCAAGACACAGAAGAAUGGGAAAGGGGAGAAUAGCAGUUUCACCUCGUUCGACUCGAAGCUGGAGCAGUACCAGAAGACAUUUCCAAGGUGAUGAGGAAGAUGCUCGGGCGUAUGAUUGGGGUGCUAAUGGGCACGCACUUUCUUUUAUGCUGGAGAAGAAUGCUUG